AUGGCGCCGGGCGGCUGGCGAUGGGUUCGCGGCCUGCGGGCUGCUGGGAAGCCGCUGUUUCAGGGCCGAGUGCUACUCGUCACCAACACACUGGGCUGCGGCGCGCUCAUGGCGGCCGGGGACGGCGCGCGCCAGUCCUGGGAAGUCCGCGCCAGGCCGGGCCAGAGGUUCGACCUGCGGCGCUCCGCGAGCAUGUUUGCCAUGGGCUGCAGCAUGGGCCCCUUCCUGCAUUACUGGUAUCUCUGGCUGGACCGCCUCCUCCCUGCCUCUGGCCUCCGCAGCCUCCCAACCAUCCUCAAGAAGGUUCUGGUGGACCAGCUGGUGGCCUCGCCCGUGAUAGGUGUCUGGUACUUCUUGGGCCUUGGCUGGCUGGAGGGCCAGACCCUGGAUGAGAGCUGCCAGGAGCUUCGGGACAAGUUCUGGGAAUUCUAUAAGGCUGACUGGUGCGUUUGGCCCCCUGCGCAGCUGGUGAACUUCCUCUUCGUGCCCUCCCAGUUCCGGGUCACCUACAUCAAUGGUGUGACACUCGGCUGGGACACUUACCUCUCCUACCUGAAGUACCAGGUGCCUGCUGCGGCUGUGGAGCGGGGCUGACCCCAGACGGAGGACAGGUGGACGACGCUCGGUGAGACAGCAGGGAGGGAUGAACCAGGCGUGGUGUGAUGACAGACCCUCUUGUGUGGGCAGAUCCCAGGCCGCUUGGCCCUGAGCACCUGCACACACUGAGCUGCCGGCAGGACUGAGCAUCAGAGGAGGUCAACACUGACCCUCAGUGAAUAUCGACCUGGUUGGAAGGGGACUGGCCCCCGGAGGGCCAGCCCCACCCUCACGCCUGGGCUGUCUCUUCAAAGCCCACUGCCUGACCUCAGUUUCCCUAUCUGGAACAUAACCACAAAGAUGGACAGUUAUGCCCCAGCCCUUCUC